ACCUACGCAAGUGAACGUUCAAACUCGACAUUUACGCGCGUGCUUUUUUUGUAAUUAAUAAUGUAGCUUUUACAAACAAAUUCAGUGAUUGUAUUAGUUUUUCGUUCGCAAACUUUAGUUCCCAAUUUUGUGUUUAAACAAUGUUAAGUGACAAAGUGGAAUACGAUGUUAAUACAGAGUUCGAAGAUAACAACUUUAAGAGCUGUUUCGCCCGUUCCGUUGUUGUUAACUCGCAACAUCAACAGGAACAACAAUUAAAGCGGCAGCUGCAAAAUGUAGGGAUUCGGCCGAAUAGGGACCAGGUCACCCCAUUUGUACCUCAAACAAAUUCGAAGGAGUGCUUUGCUGGAGGACAUUACGUAAGUGAUAGCAGAAGGUCGUCGGCGUGUUCGAGUCGCAUAGCCGAAAUGCCGAUCGAAAAUCUACUGCUUAAAACGCAAAUUGAGACGUUGCAAUGGCAAUUAAAACAGACGGAAUCCAGUAAGGAGAUGUACAAAGAGGUUAUGACUCAAGUAGUCAAAUUUCUCGAACGUGCAUACCGCAGUUUGCAAAUAUUAGGUUCAAAAGUUCCCUCAAAUUCCUCAGUGUUAAGGGCCCAAAGCGACUACCACAUGAAUCAAUUGCUGGAUAGUACCGUCGACCAGAGAAGAUCAACCGUUCCCGCAAUCGAUGCGCUUCCUGAGUAUACGGCGUUUAGAGAUUUUACGUGGCGGCGGCAGAAGAAAGCCCAACAACCUCCAGACGAGAUUCCCCCCGAAAAACUUUCCCAAGAAGCUUUUCGACUACUCCGAACCGCCCAAUCCCUACUGAACACAACGGCGCCAGACUUGGCUCAGCUAAAUCACGACGCAUCCGAAGAUCUAAAAUUCCUCGAGCAGCUGGCGAAGGAAUUCCCACGCACACAGGAGAACGGAACUCACCGACCCGCCUCGCGCUGCUCCUCCAGUCUCCAGAUUUGCGCGCCGCCCGACAGGGACAUCAGAAUAUCCACCGCCUUCAAUCGCAAACUUUCUCUGCACCAUUCGAAACGCAACUCAUUCCACCUCGAAAUGCUUCCUUCCUCCACCUUGAACGAGGAUGCCCAAACGGACAUCAAAAACCGGAAGUUUAAUAUCGAAAAAUCUUCUCCAGCACUGAGCAGCGUGAGCUCGGCUGAAGACGAAAGCGGGUUCUCCUCAAUGAACUCAUUUCAGGAGUUGGGAAUACCGCUAACCAACUCGACCGUCGUCGAGGAACCGAAAGAGCCCUGUACAAAAACCGAUUUUCAGCUAUGGCAAACGCCUGAAAAUAAACGAACGCCUACCAAUCAUAAACGAUGGAACUCGACACCUACCGAUACGGAUAAGCCGUUAAAAGUGCUGUGGGUCUAAGUCGAGAUGUCGCACUGAAUUUUUUCGCCAUUUGUACUUAAGAGAUUUUAAUGUUAAUUGUGAUAAUUUAUAAAAAACGUAGGCUUUUAAUGUGUGUACAAAUAGUAUUUUUUUAUUUUUUCGCUUUGGGGUAAACCCCUUCUAAUUCUAACAACAUGGCUUUAAUGUAAACGAUUUUCAAAAUUCAUUUUCCUUGUGUGGUGUUACUUAGUUGUCGUUUUUAAGUAUUUAUUCUAGUUAUGUAUCAAGUAUU